GGAGGAGGGGCCCCUUCUCAAAUUGAGAGAUGCAGGGGUGGGGCCUCCCCAAAGGCAGCUACUGGGAACUCUCAGGACCACAGGCUGAGCCACAGGGUGGCUGCAGGGAAGUGAGAGGUGAACUCAGCCCGGGCCCCGGGGGGGAUGAGACUCUCUGCCACCUGCUUCCCUGGACUCUGAUCACCAUGACUCAAGCCCAGCAGCUGCGGGCUGAGAGUGACUUUGAGCAGCUUCCUGAUGACAUCCCUAUCUCAGCCAACAUCGCCGACAUCGAAGAGAAAAGGGGCUUCACCAGCCACUUUGUUUUUGUUAUUGAGGUGAAGACAAAAGGGGGAACCAAGUAUCUCAUCUACCGCCGCUACCGCCAGUUCUAUGCCCUGCAGACCAAGCUGGAGGAACGGUUUGGGCCAGAGAACAAGACCAACCCCUUCACCUGCAACCUCCCCGUCCUCCCAGCCAAAGUCUAUAUGGGUGUGAAGCAGGAGAUUGCAGAAAUGCGGAUACCUGCCCUCAACGCCUACAUGAAGAGCCUGCUCAGCCUGCCAGUCUGGGUGCUGAUGGACGAGGAUGUCCGGAUCUUUUUUUAUCAGUCGCCCUACGACUCUGAGCAGGUGCCCCAGGCUCUCCGCCGGCUCCGCCCGCGUACCCGGAAAGUCAAGAGCAUCUCCCCGCAAGGCCCAGGCUUCGACCGUGUGGCAGCUCCGCGAGCAGAGGCCCUGUUUGACUUCACUGGGAACAGCAAACUGGAGCUGAAUUUCAAAGCCGGAGACAUCAUCUUCCUUCUCAGUCGGAUCAACAAGGACUGGCUGGAGGGCACUGUCCGGGGAACCACAGGCAUCUUCCCACUGUCCUUUGUGAAAAUCAUCAAGGACUUCCCUGAGGAAGACGACCUCACCAACUGGCUGCGCUGCUACUACUAUGAAGACACGAUCAGCACCAUCAAGGACAUCGCGGUGGAGGAAGACCUCAGCAGCACUCCAUUGUUUAAAGACCUGAUGGAUCUCAUGAGGCGGGAGUUCCAGAAGGAGGACAUCGCCCUGAAUUACCGGGACACAGAGGGGGAUCUGGUUCGGCUGCUAUCGGAUGAGGAUGUGAGGCUCAUGGUGAAGAGGGCUCGAGGCCUCCCCUCCCAGAAACGUCUUUUCCCCUGGAAGCUGCACAUCACCCAGAAGGAUGACUACAGGGUCUACAACACUGUCCCCUGA